UGAACACCACAAUUACCCAAAAUUAAAAAAGGUGAAGAAUUGAGAACAUCAUGGAGGCUCUCCUAAACAUCACGAUUCCAAAGUGAAUUUCAGAAGUAGAAGAAAAAAAAUUCUAUUUGGUGCUUCAGUCUCUUCAAAGACUCCUUUCUUUUGCUUGAUCUUACCUUUAAAAACUGAAUUGUGGUGGCCCUUUCUUUGUGUUGCAAUUCCCCUCUGUAUAUGCAAACCCGAAAUCCUAAGCCAAGAAGGAAACUCCGAAAAUCUACGACUCCUUGCAUACGUCCUGCAGCAGCGAAGGUUAGCUUGAUAUAGCCGUGCGAUCGUGCAAGCACAUAAAACAGCCAGGUAACUAAUUGGCAUAGCCAUGCAGUUGCAUAAGCAUGUGGAGCGGCUAGCGCAACCAGGCUAGAGUUCCACAACUUUAGUAAAUGGUCGUAACUUUGUUAAGGGAGGCCAAAUAACGAGACAUUUGAAGCGGUUGCAACUUGACAUCAAGGGCUGCAAUUUAACGAAUAUCAUAGCUAAGUUGAGAUCUAGAUUAUUCCAGAUUACUUUUUGAAAUUUAGUCAAAAUCUGACACGUUGAUUGCACAAUUCACGCUGUGGAUUCUUCUUUCCCUAGUAUGCAAAAAAUAUACUGUAUCAAGUGAGAUAUCUACAAUAUAUGCUUCAAAAGCUGACCAAAUCUUUUGCUAAAAAACUUAAUUUAAUCUUGAUAAAAUCAUCUUAUAACAUACAAAUAGAUAUCUUGCAUGGUUGAGUUCAACAAAAUUCUAGAAACAAGCACCGCAUAUUAUCUUAAAGACAACUCAACCGAUGGGGAAUGAAUAUUAAUGAGAAACUUUGGCUUGCAGAUGGAACAACAAAUUUCGCGCAUGGCUAUCCUAGCUUUGCGGUCUCUGUGGGUGUUCUUUUUAGAGGGAAGCCUGCUGCAGCUGCUGUGUAUCUACAGAAUCUUGGAGAAACACUGUGAGAACGAACUUGGAAAGCAUAAAGUGGAAAGAUCAUCAAUGAACCAAAUCUCUUGAUUUGAUAUCUUUUCAGAUAUGACAUAUGAAAUCCUCGUCCAGACUGUAAUAUUGUUAAGAUCUGCUUCUUUACAGGUUGAGUUUGUUGGUGGCCCUAUGUGUUGGAAUACUCGCACAUUUUCUGCAGCUGCAGGCAAAGGAGCCUUUGCUAAUGGCGAAAAGAUUCAUGUCAGUGGAACUGACAAGGUGGAACAAUCUCUUCUAGUGACUGGAUUUGGAUAUGAUCAUGAUGAUCCAUGGGCAACCAAUAUGGAAUUGUUCAAGGAAUUUACUGAUGUCAGCCGGGUAGCAACUUUAUCCUUUAUUCUUAAUGCUCCUGUCUCUGUCUUAGUAAACUUUAUUCUUAUCUUUUUCUGAAAUUUUGCACCCUAC